UUAUCAGCUCAUUAAUAUAGACCUGGUUAAGCUUGGUGGCUCAACAGUCUCAACGGGCUGGACAGACUUCCUGUCCUUCCGAACCUGGAGCUCUGUCUGUGGACAUCCAGAGGUAUGGCAUCAUAAUUGUGGCACACCUUGGGCACCCCUUAAAAUAUCCUAACCAAAGAAAAUAAAUACCCCUGCAGUAUGUUAGCUAAUAGUACAAAUCUGCUUAUUUGUUGAGUAGAUAGUUACAACAAGCAAAGAAGACCAUAAAGAUGUACCCACCAUGAAAGUGGCAAGAAACUUUCUUCACUGGUUUCCAACCUUUUCUUUUGUUAGACAUGCCCACUGAGCCCAGUCUGAGUCUAAGUUAAUACGCCUCUAUCAAAUCCACCAUAUAUGUUCCAAAUGUGAUCAUUCAAAUAAUUGCAAACUGCAUAAUUUUUGGGUAAUAAUCUUAUAAAAUAGUGGCUAGAGGAAUAUGUUAAUGUAAUUUAACUGUCAGUUUUUAAUUUGGUGUGGUCAAGUUCACAUUCAGAGUGGCACACUAAUUGGCAAAAACUGGACGUUCCAACCAAUUUAUUUCUUUUAAUGACCAGUUUUAACAGUUUAUCCAUUCCAAGCUAAUUAAUUUAGCUUAUUAUUUCUAUUUCAAUCCCCUGGGGUAUAAGUACCGCUUAUACGCUUAUAGAGCUUAUAGAGCUGUUAGACCCUGACCCAGUGAUGGACUCAAGUUGUCUGAGGGGCAAAAAAAAUUAAAUAAACAAAAAGGGCACCAACUGUAUGCAGUGGGCCAGCAGCUUGCAGAAAUUUCUGAUGCAUUCAUGGUGAAACUUAACCCUGGUUGAAAUUCAAAUUGUUGUAUUAUGUGACUGAGAUGUUACAAAUACUACAGCUCUGUGAUUAAAAACACGCAAUUAAAUAUUUUACCAUUUAGAGGCACCUGGAGGCCAACUUAUUGUCCAGCUUGUAGCUCUGCCUAUGUAGCACUGCAUCACAUUUUGUCCACUGGAAGGACACCAUAAAGGGCACUUAAUCAUGUUAUUUACCAGUCGGGUAUCCAAUGGUGCACUUUUGUAGUAUAUUUAUCAUUUAUUGUUGUUGUGUCUUUUUAUAUUUGGCCUGCUGUAUUAGUACGGUAAUCAUAAUUCUUUCAUAGUGUUUUAUAAAGGCAUACACAUUGCAGUGUGAUUAAUAGAAUUGUAUUUCUUGAAUUCGUUCAAGCUUCCCAGCAGAUGUAGUCCUGGGCUUCUGGAGAUUGAUGAUAAUAUGAAGUAAAUCACGGGAUUAAAGGCAUUUCAGUAGCCUAUUCAUUUUCCUGUAGGUGGACAGCCUGUGUGUGGCAGGGUGCAUAUUCACUUUAUCUUGCAUAUAAGCAACCUCUUGUCCUUGGUUCACCCGCAAUUCUUUGAUUUAACACAAGCACACAUCCACCAGGCACGAGCUUCCACGUCCUCCCAGCUGUGGUAAUACAGGUUCGACUUCAUAGCCCAUAUAUUAAAAAUGGGAAACCUGGCAAGUAUGUGGAGCUGCCAAGAUUCUUCCCCAUCAUCAUCUUUCUUUCUUGCUCUCCAUCUAAAUCCUGGCCAAGAUAAGAGUCCUCCUCCAACCCAACGCCAAUAAGAAUCCGGUCCGCACCUUUCAGUCACCUCCCCCUCUCCCUCCUGUUCUCUCCAACGGUCCUCCUCUCUGGUGGUCCUUCGGUUUCGGAGUCAGCAUCACUCACUCUCUGACCUACAGCGCAGGACUACGCUCUGGCCGACAGAGGAGCAUGUGGCUGCACAAACUGGUACGUUUGUUUGGAUCCUGUCAGUCCUGUGUGGCACUGAUAUGUGUUCGGGAUUUGUCUACGACCGGCCCAAACGCUCGGGAGAGGACGGAACUUCAGCCAGGACAGAGUCUCGGUCUGCAUCUCAGUACGUCCCGACCUCCGGCUCCUGCAGGAAUAGGUGUUUUGAGCUGGUUGAACUGGAGCCACCAAACUGUCGCUGUGACAACCUGUGUAAGACCUACAACAGCUGCUGCUCAGACUUUGAUCAGCUUUGCCUCAAGACAGAGGGAGGUUAUGAGUGCAGAAAAGAUCGGUGUGGGGAGACACGAAAUGAACAACAUGCCUGCCACUGCUCCGAUGACUGCCUGGCCAGAGGAGACUGUUGUACCAACUACAAGACUCUAUGUAAAGGAGACACAUCGUGGCUGCAGGACGAGUGUGAGGACAUCAAGACGGCUGAAUGUCCUGCUGGAUUUGUGCGCCCACCACUCAUCAUUCUGUCAGUAGAUGGAUUUCGAGCUUCUUAUGUGAAGAGAGGAAACACAAUCAUACCAAACAUCGAGAAACUGAGAACAUGUGGAACCCAUGCUCCUUACAUGAGGCCUGUUUACCCAACCAAAACAUUCCCCAACCUCUAUUCACUGGCUACGGGUCUCUACCCAGAGUCUCAUGGUAUCGUUGGCAACUCCAUGUAUGACCCAGUGUUUGACGCCACCUUCACUCUGAGAAGCCGAGAGAAACUCAAUCAUCGUUGGUGGGGAGGACAACCAAUCUGGAUCACAGCGCUCAAGCAGGGAGUGAAGGCUGCCACCUUCUUCUGGCCUGUGGCUAUCCCAUUGGAGAGGCGGAUACUGACCAUGCUUCAGUGGCUCCACCUUCCGGAAGGGGAGAGGCCCUAUGUUUAUGCCAUGCACUCCGAACAACCGGACACAUAUGGUCACAAAAUGGGGCCAAUGAGCACAGAAUUGAACAAUCCUCUGAGGAUGAUUGAUAGAAUUGUUGGCCAACUGAUGGAUGGACUUAAACAGAUGAAACUGCAUCGCUGUGUCAACAUCAUCCUGGUGGGGGAUCAUGGUAUGGAAGAAGCCCACUGUGAUCGCACUGAAUUUCUCAGUCACUACAUGACUGGUGUUGAUGACAUCAUCCUCAUCCCUGGGUCCCUAGGCAGAAUACGCUCGAGAUACCCCAACAAUUCUAAAUAUGAUCCCAAGGCUAUCGUUGCAAAUCUAACAUGUAAGAAGGCAGAGCAGCACUUUAAGCCGUACAUGAAGCAGCACCUGCCUAAGAGAUUGCACUAUGCCAACAACCGACGCAUUGAAGAUAUUCACCUGCUGGUGGACAGGAAGUGGCAUGUUGCCAGGAAAGUUCCUGAAGGGAAGAGGCACUGUGGCUACUCUGGUGACCAUGGAUAUGAUAAUAAGAUCAACAGCAUGCAGACUAUUUUCUUGGGGUAUGGACCAGCAUUUAAAUACAAGACUAAAGUUCCAGCCUUUGAAAACAUUGAGCUUUACAAUGUCAUGUGUGAUCUUCUGGGUCUGAAACCAGCUCCCAAUAAUGGAACCCAUGGGAGUCUGAACCACCUGCUGAGAGCCCCAACUUACAGACCCAGCAUGCCAGAGGAGAUUUCCAGGCCAACAGCCUCAGGUCUUGUUCCUGCAGGAAUCGACGACCUGGGCUGCAGCUGCGAAGACAAGUUGCGUGUAAAAAGUAGGGGCCAGAGAGGUUUGAAAGUGACCCUUGUACGAGGCUAUAACCUGGAGUCACUCUGGCUCUGUCUCUUACAGAACAAAGUGGAGGAGCUAAACCAGCGACUGAGGCAAGCUAUUGAUGACAGCAGGAACCUGCCACAUGGUCGACCUGCUGUACUCUUCCGUACCAAAUACUCCAUCCUCCACCACAGCGAUUACAUCAGUGGCUACAGCGAGGCUCUCUCUAUGCCUCUCUGGACAUCAUAUACUGUCAGCAGACAGGUAGAAGUGUCUCCUCUGCCUGAAGCCCUAUCCAACUGUGUGAAACCAGAUACCAGAGUCCCUCCAGCCUACAGUCAGUCUUGUACCAACUACAGAGCGGAAAAACAGAUCACCUAUGCCUUCCUCUACCCUCCACAAUUGUCUUCAACAUUGGAGAAAAAAUAUGAUGCUGUUCUCAUCACCAACACCGUUCCCAUGUAUCCUGCAUUUAAGAGAAUAUGGAGUUACUUUCAGAGAACACUGGUGAAGAAAUAUGCCACUGAACGCAACGGGGUGAACGUGCUCGUCGGACCCAUAUUUGACUAUGACUACGAUGGUGUCAGGGACUCAUUUGAGAAGAUAAAAGAGUAUGUAAGUGGGACAAUACCAAUCCCUACACACUACUUUGUGGUCCUGACCAGCUGUUUAGACUUCACACAGGCUGCAGACUCAUGUAGUGGCCCACUCAGCAGCGCUGCCUUUAUCCUGCCACACAGACCCAACAACGACGAGACCUGCAAAAGCUCAGAGGACGAGUCUCGCUGGGUGGAAGACCUGAUGAAGAUGCACACGGCUCGAGUCAGAGAUGUAGAGAUCCUGACAGGCUUGGACCUAUACCGCAGAACCAGCCGGAGCCAUGCUGAAAUCCUCUCACUCAAGACCUACAUGCACACCUAUGAGAGCGAGAUCUGAUCUCUGCUGAAGUUAUGGUACUGAUCUUUUUCAACCGUGGUGGAUCUAUGUGGUACAAGAAAGAGAUGAGAUCAUCUCUGUUACACUGACCCUCACCGGCUUUAGCUCUUGCUGGAAGCUAUGGCUGCUCUGCAGUUACUCUUCAGCGUCCAUGUUGUGGUCCUUUCACUGAGCACUCGGUUUGAUCUUCAUUUAAUCCAUCUGUUCAAAUACAGCUUUGACACCACUGAGCUAUUAGCUGCGAUACUGUCCACCUUUGUUUAUUCUUUUUAGCGGUCGGAAAGAAAAACAGUUCCUCUGCUCUGUGUUACUGGUUCAUGGUUGACUCUCAGAUUUAGAGAAAUUGUAUCAGAGUGAAAGAAACCUUUAAACCAAGAACAACAGGACCUACAUACAGCAUGAUUCUGCCACUUUAGUGCUUUACUUUUCAAGCAAAAAAAACAUAUAUAUAUCAAGGGCUUCAAUUGAAUUUACAGAAGCAGUUCUGCAUUAUAAUGUGUAAAUAUCAGGGAGGCCACUGCUCGUCACCACCCUACUUGAUUCUUUACUUAGAUUCAACUCAUGAUUUUGCAGAACAAGUUUUCUCUCCUACCCUCCCUUCAACUCCCAGCCUCUGUGCAUUGGGUAUUUACAGUGCGCCUUCUUGUCCCUGUCUGGUACAAUUCACACAGCAGACAUAUGGGAACUGGAGUAUGGAGCCAAGACCAACAAACCAACAGUAGUGCUAUGCUGCAAUAUUGUCUGGUAGCUUUUUUUUUUUUGUCACUUUGACUCAGAAUAAUAACUUCAAUUUUCCAAAACCAAUAUACCAUAUGUGUAAAAAUAUGACGUUUUAAAGAUUUAAAAGAAUGAAUUGCACUACAAAGCUUUCAAAAGGAUCAGUUCCAGACAAAACCACCACUUUUGUUAAAGUAGUGCAGUGAGGGCAUAUUUUCAGUUUCCUACAUGGUAUUAACCCACUCAGUUAAGUUUGCUCAGUAUACCGUCUGCAUUGACAGUUUCUCUAUGUUCAUGAAAUUGUCUGUAAUUUUUUUUUUUCAAUGUAAUGAUAAUGCAAUGUUGUUGAUGUUUGUGUUCGGUGUGUAUAUGUUGAAAUCAAGAUAUUUUCUGUUUGCGUCAGACUUUGUGUGUGUUGUGAUGUGAACCUUUUGCUAUGUGCACAGUAACAAAAUCGAUGUUGAUGAUUUAUUGUUUUCUGUAAAACAUUUACCACCUGUGAGACUGACAUAUUUAUGCGUUGUGUGCUUUUCAAUCCAAUAAACAAGUGUUUUUUUUUUUUAAUUAAAUGAAAUGUGAUGCACGUGUAUACCUACACA